ACACUUGUCUUCAAUGGCUUCCUGGGCUCGUCUCCGCAAAAACCAACAGUCGCCAUCUCUUUGAAGGUUCUCAACACAUAUCAACAGCUUUGCCACGCCUGUCCACGCUUGAGCAUGCAGGCGUUUGUGAGGUUGCUCUGCGAUCUCCACCAAAUUCCUAUCAAGCACUUGAAGCAUCUCGUCAAGCAAUUCUGUGAUGCCUACGACAUCUACCUCGAUAUUCAAUACCGCAUCAAUAAGCUUGUUGAUUCAACGUUAGGCAGGGACACCCCAGACUGGCGCAUGCACAACACCUGCGCACCAUGUCUGUACAAGCUUGACAACAAACCAGCACUCAAGUGCUAUCCUUCUCUCCUCUGCUGGCCGGGGGCGCGCCCCCAUCAACGUCGCCGCGUUUGCCACUCAAGCUCAUCGACAAUGCUUUUCGCAACAGCAAAGUGCGUGCAGAUGGGCAAGAGGCGCGCGUGGACAUGUGUUACCGACGCCGCGUCCGUUGAUGCAGCCUUGCCGGCUGGCCCCGCGAGUGUUGGCACUACCUAUGACCACAACAAUGACAUCGCAUGGCUGGACCUAUUGAACCGUGAGGACGGCGACAAGCUCAAUGCUUCAAUCGACGUACGCAUGGAACACUGGCAAAAUGCGGGCCCAGAAGCCCGAAAGAAGAUGUUUGCGCUCUUCGCCAAGACGGGCAUCUUCGUCUGCCUUUGCCGUCACGGGCAACUUCUUAUCCUCUGCAACAUGAUCCGGAGUGGCAAACUCAUGAAAUAUCCCCUUGCAAUUGUCCACAAGCUCAUGGAAGUCUACAACCCCAAUAUCCUUGUCGGGUAUGACAUCGCAUGUGUGUUCGCCAAGACUCUCACACAGAGCUCCCUCGGUCCGGAAGCUCAUCGUCUGCAUAUGGCAGGUGUUGUGCCGGCCUUCCACGGGCAUGGCCAUAAUCAUGGCUGCCAGGUCAACUGGCACCCACUCUACAUGGACAGAGUCGGCAAGGAGGACUUUGAAGGAUGCGAACACUGUUUCUCUGAGUUGAACGCUCUUGCGGCU